ACAUCCUGGAGAGAGGGGCGGGGAUCCAUGGCAGACCAGCGUGAGGGUGUGCCAGUGUUGCCGCGCUCGAACCAGGCGUCAUCAUACGCCUUGAAGCAGGUCACGGGGGGAUGGUUGGUUUGGGUGCAGCGCUCACCCGCCCUGGGACCAAAACGGCGAAGAUAGGAACAUGGGGGGAGAGUGCCAGGGCGGCCACCACGGCUACCAGAUGAGCCACUACUGCCUCCACCACCACCACUGCUGCCACCCUCGACCCCGCCACCACCGCCGCCGGCUCCGCUGCCCCCACAACCGCCACCUCUACCCCCUCCCUGAGGGUUGGUGCGGCCGCCACGUGGGCGCCCGCCACGACGCGGCUGUGUGACUGCAAGCUGGGGGUUUUGGGACUCGGUGGAGUUCAGGCCGGAGGGGGGGGUUGAGAGAAGGCGGGCCUCAGCGUCAAUGAUCCAUUGGACCACAGUGUCAAGGGAGGCGCGGGGCUGAGCCUCAGUGAAGCGAUGACGCGCACUUCAUAUUGAGGGGAGAGGCCUUCGAGGAGACGGUAGAUCUGAAGGUUGGGGGGGAGAGUAGUCUGGCGAGCCUCAAGGCGGGAGGCAAGGUCCAGGAGACGGCUGGUGUAGUCAACGGCGCCAGCACUAUGUUCGAUCGUGAUGCUGAAGUAUUCCUUGAAGAGCGGUCCGACACCAUCGAAGUCGGUGCGUUCGAACAUUGCCUCAAGCUCGAGCCAGAUCUGGCGGGAGCCGAUGCGACGUGCCUGGAAGUUGCGCAUGAGCGCAGACGGGAUGGCAAGGAGAAGGGCACCAGUAGCACGGCUGUCCGCCUCGAGCCAGGCGCGACGACGCUCAGCAAAUCGCGCAGAGUCAGCGGCAUAAGCGGCGGCGGUAGCGGCAUGCUGGGUGCGGAGGGUUGCCGACCGCUCGUGUUCCUCCAACACGAUCAGGUAAUCAGUAUGGAGCACGAGGAACUCACGACGCUGAGUAAGGAAGAGCUGCUCAACUUCAGCGGUGGCAGCGCGAGUGCUGGUGCCAACGGGUACCAUGGGGGGCGGAGGUUCCUCGCCGGGAUGGGGAAUGAGAGGGGGGGGAUCGCCAGGGUGAGGCGGCGGGUCCCCAAGGUCGCCCUCUGGGAGACCAAGCAUGAUGUCCAGGAGGCGGAACGGCAGGACAUAAGCACUGCCGAGGACGCGGUGGAGGCUGCCGACGAAGGAAUACCAUCUGCUGCUCCUUCUGGUGCUGCUGCUGCUUCUGCUGCUGCUUCUGCUGCUGCUGCUACGGCUGCAGCAGUGGUAAGGCGGCGAUGAGCAGGUGCAGGUGAGGAGGCAAAAGAUGGGGAAAGAUGGCAGUUAGCUGAUGAAAAUAGGACUUGGUAGAAAUUUCAGUAGCAGUUCGUGAUCACAUCCAGGAAAGUGUGCAAACUUCGGAAAGCGAUAUCUGACA